CUUAUACAGUGGUAUGACAUCCAAACUUAAACUGCUCUGUCUGUCACAAGUGUUAUAUGUAAGUAACUGUAAUUGUUUAAAAGUCUAAAGCUUUCCAGGAAGGGUAGCCUAUUUAAAAUGCUGGCAUGAUUUAUUAACGUGGCCUGAAUGAACUCAUUCGGUCUUAUUUUCUUCAGUCGGUCACUUUGUCAGUGGGUCUUCAAACCUGCUGAAUGUUUUUCACGAUACUGAUGACAAAUUACGAACAAAGCGUCGUGCAAUUAAAAAAAAAAACAUAGUAUUUUCAACAAUUUACAUUUUAGAUGAUGGCACUUUUGCUGGAUCAGCAGUUCGCGCCGCUGCCUGACACCAACGAGAUCCCUACGAAAACAUUUCUAGAGUCCGUUUCUCAUCUGCCACCUUUUUUCGAUUGCCUUGGUUCAAAGGUUUUUGCACCGAUUAAGGCUGACAUAAAUGGAAACAUCACAAAAAUUAAAGCUGUCUAUGACUCCGAUCCAGUGAAGUAUGAGACUCUUCAACAGAUUCUGUUAAUCGAGAAAAGCACCUAUGGCUCAGAGUGGCCUAAAGUUGGAGCCACAUUGGCACUUAUGUGGUUAAAGAGAGGCCUGCGGUUCAUUCAGAUCUUACUGCAAAGUCUAGCGGAUGGGGAAAGAGAUGAGCAAAAUCCCAAUCUUAUUCGCAUUAAUAUCACUAAAGCCUAUGACCAAGCCCUCAAGAAGUACCACGGUUGGAUAGUCCAGAAGGUUUUCAAGGCUGCAUUAUUCGCUGCACCAUGCCGGUCGGAUUUCCUUAAAGCUUUAUCCAAGGAUCAAGAAGUUGCAGAGGAGGACUGUUUAGCAAAAAUUUGUCAGUUCUUGAUAAACUUCACUACAACUGUAGAUGCCAUUUAUGAAAUGUAUUCCAUAAUGAAUGCUGAUCUGGACUACUUAGUUUGAAACAUCCAAAAAAGGUCAGUUUCUGAAGCAAUCUUUAAGUCUGUGCUGUUUUCAUGGGACGUUUAAGAGGGCCUUAAAAAUAUGAUAUCACAGACUCAGUGAUGACUAAGAGCUUUUGUCCUUGUCAAUGUAGCUUUGAUUUUCUAGUGUUUAGUGUGGAUAAGGAUGUGCUGUU